GGCGCGCGGCGGGACUCGCAACGGCGGGCGCGGCGCCACCGAGCCUGCAGGGAAGGGGCGCGGAGCGGUGAGGCCUGACGGCUGCCUGGUCCCGGCCAGGCCUGAGCCCCCGCGGCCGGCCGGCGGCACUGUCCUGGGCUAUGUCGGAGCCUCUGCCCGCCUUCUUCGACCGGCUGUGGGGACCCUGGCUGGGCACUCGCAACUCGCCCAGCCGGAGCCCCGCAGCCUCGCCUUCCAAGGUAGCCGGGGACAGUCAGUGCUCUGUCUGUCAGUUCCGGACUCCGGCGAGAGCUGCUCCCCUUCCCAGUCCCGAGCUCGAUAGAGUCCGCUCAUUUUCUAGUUUCCUUGGAGGCUUUUUUGGUCCCAUCUGUGAGAUUGAUGUUGCCCUUAAUGAUGGGGAAACAAGGAAAAUGGCAGAAAUGAAAACUGAGGAUGGCAAAGUAGAAAAACACUAUCUCUUCUAUGAUGGAGAGUCUGUCUCAGGAAAGGUAAACCUAGCCUUUAAGCAGCCUGGAAAGAGGCUAGAGCAUCAAGGAAUUAGAAUUGAAUUUGUAGGUCAAAUUGAGCUUUUCAAUGACAAGAGUAAUACUCAUGAAUUUGUAAACCUAGUGAAAGAACUAGCCUUGCCUGGAGAACUGACUCAGAGCAGAAGCUAUGACUUUGAAUUUAUGCAAGUUGAAAAGCCAUAUGAGUCAUACAUCGGUGCCAAUGUCCGCCUGAGGUAUUUUCUUAAAGUGACAAUUGUAAGAAGACUGACAGACUUAGUGAAAGAGUACGAUCUUAUUGUUCACCAGCUUGCCACCUAUCCUGAUGUCAACAACUCUAUUAAAAUGGAAGUGGGCAUUGAAGACUGUCUGCACAUAGAGUUUGAAUAUAAUAAAUCCAAGUAUCAUCUAAAGGAUGUAAUUGUUGGAAAAAUUUACUUCCUAUUAGUAAGAAUAAAAAUACAACACAUGGAGUUACAGCUGAUCAAGAAAGAGAUCACAGGGAUUGGACCCAGCACCACCACAGAGACAGAAACAAUCGCUAAGUAUGAAAUAAUGGAUGGGGCGCCAGUAAAAGGAGAAUCGAUUCCGAUAAGAUUGUUCUUAGCAGGGUAUGACCCAACCCCCACAAUGAGAGAUGUGAACAAGAAGUUUUCAGUAAGGUACUUUUUGAACCUCGUGCUUGUUGAUGAGGAGGACCGAAGGUACUUCAAGCAGCAGGAGAUCAUCCUGUGGAGAAAAGCACCUGAGAAACUGAGGAAACAGAGGACGAACUUUCACCAGCGGUUUGAAUCUCCGGAAUCGCAGGCAUCUGCGGAACAGCCUGAGAUGUAAGCAGAUGGGACAGAGCAGCAAGUGCAAGAACCGGGCCAAGAAGAGACGCUCAGCUGGUUAAAGACGGUCGCAGCAUGGGGAUGUUCCAACUCCAUGUCUGCUAGUCUUCCUUAUCCUAGAGUGCUGCAUUUAUUUUACAGUAUGAUUAAAGGUUCUUUGUGUAUAUACAUUUUAAAAAGUGCUUCUUGGAAACACUGGAGAAUUCCUAAGCUGCCUUUUUUGUUUUCUUUUUUACUGCACACUGAUAAGCACUCAGAAGCAUAAACAUUAAGGAUUUUCAUGUGAGUAGACUGGUAUUUGUAAUUUUGCUUUCUUUAUGCAUAAUGUUGAAAAUCCUUUUCUCUGUUUUCAUGCUAAUGAUUACCUCUUAUUCUCUAUGUGCAAAAAAUUAAAUAUUUUUGUUCAAGUAAAAUGAGAAAACCUGAGCAGCCCUUAUGUCCUACAAAGUUUUAAGGCACGGCUCCUCAGUAUUUUUGAGAAUUGUGUUUUUUUUACAUGUGUAUCAGAAACCAACCUGGUGUUACGUGGUAGGCGCUUCUGGAUCUACCAUUUCACAGCCUUCUGAAUUUUAAUCUUUGGGGUCUCUGAGGUAUAUGAAAAAUUUUCACCCCAGGGAUUACAUAGUAUGUCGUUGUGGCCUUCCUGCCCCUUAUUAGCCACUUUUGCUCUGACUUUCUGUGUCAUCAUGUAGGUUCUGCAGUGUGGAGUUGACACAUCGGCAUCUUAGAACUUGUUAAACCUGGAUCAUUUUUUUCCAUAAAGACUUUGAAACAUGUAUAUAUAUUUUAAUUUAAGGACUCGUUUCCAUGUGUAUGCAAAUAGUCACCUAGGAGUGAGAGCUCAGGAGAACCAGUGGAGGCAUAUACAAGCAUCCAUAGCCGGACAGAUUCUUGUUAACUGGAAUAUUGGCUAGUUCAAAUUUAACUUCACCUAGUCUAUUAAAAAAAAAAAAACCAAACCAAACAGAACAAAAAACACUAAAUUCGCCCCGUUCUCUGAAGGCUGCAGUCAGUUGAGCACAGACACACUACUGAGGCAUAUGGGGCAAGAGGAAGCCUGCGGUGGGGGCCACUCUCACUCAGGGCUUGUUGGUUCCUGACCAGUGCUCCUGACACACCUCAGUAUAGCUUCGUCAGUUAACCCUACUCUCUAGGAAGCUGAACAGCCCAGCUUACGUUUCCGUAAACCUAGUUUUUACUUAUGAUGGCACUUCGAUAAAAUGGCCAGCAACCAGCCCUGGCCAAAGGUUCCACAUAUCAUGUCCUGGAGCAGCUAUUGUAAAUGUGGAUUUCUAAGAAUGGCCAUGUUUUCCUUCAUGUAAGUGCCUGUUCAGAGUUUCAAAGUUUCAAAAUGCCAAAUAUUUUCAUGGUCACUUGCAUGUAUAAUCUAGGAAAUAUUCAAAGAGAUUUUGAAAAACAGUUGUAUUUAACCAGCCUCAAGUUGUGCAACUAUGAUAUAUAUAUAAAAUAAAUAAUUUGAAACAGAAA